AUGGUGACUGCUGAUCAGUGUUUAAGGAAAUGGAAAAAGUUAGAGUCUAAACAGAAAGAAGUAGAGGACAACAAUAGUAAAACAGAUAGAGCUAAGAAAACAUGGAAGUUUUAUGAAGAAAUGGAGGAGUGUGUUGGUGACAACCCAAACAUAAGGCCCGUAUUUAUUUAUGAGGUGUCUAGUUCUUCCUCGACAAUGAGUGGGUCCUCUUCACGGGCACAUAAUGAUCAUAGUAGUCAGUCUGAUUCUGAAGACAGAGAAGGGGAUGGAGCUUUUGCGAAGAGAAAAAUUAGCAGAAAAGGGUGA